CCCAAAGUGCUGGGAUUACAGGUGUGAGCCACUGCACCUGGCCUGCUCUGUGCUUUUAUGGAAUUUAUUUUCUAGGGAGACAGGCGGGAGACCCUCGGGUACUCAGACUCAACAUUACCAACCACAAACUCAGUUCCUUCCCAGCCUAACCUGCUGCUGCCCUGGCUUCCUGAUCUGGAGGGCAGAGGUGCCAUUCUCCUGGGUACAGUGACUUGCAGCCUCAGUGAUGACCAUUGAGAUGGAAACUGGAUGGAGGCCCCUGAAGAGAGCAGAAUGGUUCCCACAUCAGAGCCCCUCUGCUCCACUUUUCCAGUCUCCUCAUGUCUUUGUUCCUCCUCUGGACCAAGAAAAGCCCACUGUGACAUCUUCCUGCCCAACCCGUACUCCAGCUUGGAGGCAUCGGGAUCUCCACCAGAGCUGAGGGGCCAAGAGGAAGAGAACUUUGCCUUCCUGAGUGCCUGCUGCGUGCCAGACCUUUGUCAUGUCACACCUGCCCAGGACCGCAGUUCUGAGGGGCUGGUAUCAGGCCUCCCCUCAUAUCCUGAAGGACAGGGCUCAGAGCAGCUGAGGGGCUGACUCAGGAUUGACUCCUAGUCCUUCCCUCUCUGAGGAAACGUAGGCCAUGGGAGGGGCAGGGGUCCAUCUCCAGUUACCCAGCUGACCAAGGGCAUGGCCAAGAUGAUGCCAACUCUCUUGCCACCCACUCGGGCUGAACUUCACUUCCAUAACCUCCAGCCUCAUGAUGUCAUGAAUGGAGUCACCCCCACUCCAGUUGUGACCCUUCUGAAGAGCAGCAUGAAGGGGCAGGCCCCUCUCCAUGCCAGGGCCUGGGCUGGCCACUGGGGGCAGAGGCAGAGGAGAACAUCGUGCCCUUGGAGGGUUUUCAUGACAACCUGGAGACACAGCAGAUGCUUUCAGUGCUAAGCACGAGUGCCGGAACAUGUACUGAGCGACACAGAUGUGUGUGCAGCUAUGUGUGUAGGGGAGUAUGGGGUGUCAUGUGGAGUGUGUGGGAGUGGGCCUUAGCGGGUCCAUCUUUGAAAUCUGCCUACUCCAUCUCAUCUCUGCAGGAGCCAGCCCUGGACCCCCAGCCAAUCCUGGAGCUGCCCCUGGCAGAGCUGGCCCAGCAGCUUCGGACUGAAGAGCUGAGUCUGGAGAGUGUCCUCUGUAGCUACUUAGAGCAGGCACUGAAGGUGCACCAGGAGGUGAACUACCUGAUGGAUUUCCUGGGGGAAUGUAAGGAGGAACUGCAGGCAUUGAAGAAGCUUAAGACGAGUGAGAGAGGUCUUCUCUAUGGGGUCCCCAUGAGCCUCAAAGACACCUAUGACUGCAUGGGCCAUGACUCUACUUGCCUCCUGGCCCAGUUCCCGGAGAAGCCUGCAACCAAGGACGGGGUCAUUGUGAAAGUGCUCGAGGCCCAAGGAGCCAUCCCCUUUGUUCAGACCAACAUCCCACAGACGCUGCUCAGGUCUCUGAAGCGGGCUAGCUGGGAUCUGGGCUGGGAUAAGCCCAGGGCUGAAACAGCUCUUUAAAGUCCCAUUUCAGGGCAGAGGGUGAGGAGGGGGCUAGUCAUGCAGACUUCAGAGACCAGGGUUCUUGGGCCAGCCCUUUCUGUCCCCGGGGCUGAAUUCCUUUAUCGUAGAACAUGUGGAUGGACUCCACAGUCUAUAAGGGCCCUUCGGGCUCCAAGGUUCUGUAAAGCUACACUCUGUUUCUAUCUCAGUUUCUCUCUCAAAUUGUUCUAUUUCUAUCCAGCCUUCUCUCUUUGAUUGUUCUCCCCAUCACUUAUUCUCUCCCUUCCCUACUCAGCCUGUAGAGCAUCUAUGUUUCGUGAGGAACAUGUUCUCAGUUCUGAUGGCAGAGCUGUGGGCUCUUUGGUCCUAAUACUAGGAGUCAUGGCUGGUGUCUGAUCUUGGUCUUUCUUGCAGCAGCGGCCCCUCACUCCAGCUGGAAGGGAGUCCAGGAAGCCUCAGCCUUAGGGAGGAGCUCAUGGAGCCCAGGAAGCCCUGGGGUCGACUCCGGAGGGUGGUUGGCCCCCAUAUGGGGAGGGGUCUGCCCAGUGAGGCUUUCACUCUCAGCUCCUUUUCUUCUGCUUCCCUUGGCUUUGAGUGCAGCAACCCCAUCUAUGGCCAGACGUUGAACCCACUGAACUUAAAGAAGACAUGUGGGGGCUCCUCAGGGGGAGAGGGAGCUCUGAUGGCAGAAAGAGGGUCCAUCCUAGACAUGGGUACUGACACAGGUGACAGCAUCUGCAUAUCAGCCAGCUUCUGUGGUGUUUAUGGCCUCUGGACCACAGGUUCCCACCUCAGGUACCCAUUGAUGGUGGUGGUGGGGUGGGUUUGGACCUGCCUAGAGGAACUAGGGGAAGUAGAGGGGUCUGCUCCUCCCAUCAACUUUCAUCUACCCAGCUCAGUACUAGGGGAAGUGGAUAGGAGGGCUUCAAAUAACUCCUGCAGUAGCCAUGCCAAACAUACCAUGUUUUGUCCAGGCAGCAGCAAUGUAAUUAAUGUAGAAGUAAUUAAUGACCUUCCACUCAUUAAUCCAUCAGUUCAUUAAUUCAUUAAUCAAUACAACUCUCCAUCCACAUACCCCUUCUCUUACUCACUCAUCAAUCUGUCCAUUUAUCUAUCUAUCCGUCCGUCAUCCAUUCAACUACCACGUGGUCAUCAUCUCAGUCUCUAUCCAUCAAUUAAUUUUACCAUUCAACGACUAUUUAUUUAAAAGAUUUUUAUUGAGUAUUUACUGUGUCAGACAUAACAGUUCCUUGGGUACUAGCUACUUGGGUAGCCCUUGAAAAACUUACACACACCCUUCCUUCCAACCAUUUAUUUAUCCAUCCAUCUUUCCAUCCAUCCAUUUGGGUAUCCAUCCGUCUAUCAAUCCACAUUUGUAUCCAUCCAUCCAUCCAUCCAUCCAUCCAUCCAUCCAUCCAUCCAUCCACCCAUUCAUCGUGUAUGCAUGCAUGCAUGCAUCCACCCAUCUCUCAACUCCACUCUGUGUACCCACACCAUGGCACCUAUACUGGGGACACAGACACUCUUGGACCCAGCCCCUGCCCCUGCCCCUGCUGUGCUCUUAGACACAGAAAUGACUUAGUCAGAAAGUGAUCAGGUCUCUAAGAGAGGGUCAGAGCUUGUGGGAAUGCACAAGAGGAAGCUGACAUUUUCUUCAACAGAGAUUUAUUAAAAGCUUAUACUCUUGACUUUCAGAGCAGGGCAAGGGAAGGGAAGGAUUCCUGGAGGAGGCAGCAUUUGAGCGUGGUUUUGAGGGCUGGACAUGCAGAGAUGAUGUGGCGUCUAGAAGGCUGUAAGAUAGUGUGUAAGUGGCUGACCUUGCCUGCAGCAAUAUGCACGUAUGGAAGGGCUAGAAGGGGAAGCCAUGGAGAGUUAGCGCCUUGAAAGGCAGUCAAAGAGAUCAGACUUUAUGCUGUGAGCAGUAGAGAGUCACGGAAGGUUGAAGCAGCUCCUAUUUCUCUGGGCUGCACCCUGGGGGAGCUCAAGCCUCCUGGCACCCUGGCACCUCCCUUCACAUGCUGAGCUGUGGGAGUGUUUUGCAGCUACACUGGAAUUGCCUCUGCCAUCAAGGGGAGAAAAUUGGGUAAGUCCUGGUUUGUGCCUGUGGUCACCCCAUUUAAAGAUGAACCUGCCCGUCUUUCUCCCAAGGACAUUUUGCUCAGCUUAUAUCUCCAGACAGAUCAGCCCCACAGAUGAUGACUGGGAGAGGGACUGCAUGGUUCCCACCCGGCCUCCCCUUGUCCAGUGACUCUUGGCCCUCUGAGAAGGGCUUCUGUCCUGCUAUCUAGCUUUAAUCUCUUCCUUUGUCUUGACCAUGACCCUGGAACCCACCCUCUGAGGCCAGGCAGUUGGGAUGCCCAGGGCAGAACAAAUGAGAGCUGCUGGCUGGGUGCGGUGGCUCACAUCUGUAAUCCCAGGACUUUGGGAGG